AUGAAUAAUUCAUCUAUUUGUGUAUCAUCAUUUUUUGAGUGUGAUUUAGAACAAGGUUUAAUAUUAAAAGAGAAAUUACAUAAAAGUUUCAUUGGUUAUAUUAUUAAUGGUCAUCAUAAAGAAAUAGAUAAAAUUUGUGAAUUAGUUAUUCAAUGUCAAUCAAGCUUAUUACUAGAAAAUUUUACUAAGAACAUAAAUGAUAAAGAUACAGCCAAUAAUAAUGAACUCAAUCAAGGUUUUAUUAUUCAUCAGUGGUCAUUAGAAAAGUUAAAAGAAGUUUUAUCAACUCCAGAAGCAUUAUUAGUUUGUAUUGCUGAUAUUGAGAAUAAUAAAUUAGCAGGUUAUUUAUUAUUCGCAUCACUAAAAUACUUAUAUGAAGAUAUAAGUUCUCAAUUGGGUGAACUUAUUUUAGAUAAUAAUGUUAUUACAGAACAACAAUGGAAACAACAUGUUUCAACUAUUGGUGUUCAUUAUAUAAAACAAAUAGGUGUUGAUAAAGAUUAUCAUCGUCAAGGUGUAGGAACACAUUUAAUUAUACUUUCUCAAAAACAAAGCAGUCAAGGAUUAUGUGCUCUUGUCUUGUUAUCACCUUAUUAUAAUAGUGCAUCAGCAAAUUGCUUAGAAAAAAAUCAAUUUCAACCUAUUGGUAUUUGGAAAAAAAACACUCCGGAAGAAUCUGUUCCAUUUAAAGCAAAACUUUUUAUCUGGCCUUUUACUAAAUCGAUUAUUUAA